AUGCCCACCAGAACCUCCGGCUCCCAGCCGAACGGCAAGAAGAGGAAGCACAACGCCGAGCCCAAGUCGCUGAAGCGCAAGCGUGUGCAAGAUGACCUGCAAGAGCUGCUGAAGAAGGUCGACGACUUCGACCCCAAGACGGCCGAGAUCACAAAGUUCACCGACCUGCCGCUGUCGACACCCACCGCCUCCGGCCUCGAGGCCUCGCACUUCCAGAACCUGACCGACAUCCAGGCCAAGGCCGUGGGGCCUGCCCUCAAGAGUCGUGACAUUCUGGGAGCAGCCAAGACCGGCUCCGGCAAGACCCUGGCCUUUCUCGUCCCGGUCCUGGAAGCCCUUUUCCGGGCGCAAUGGACCGAACACGAUGGCCUCGGCGCCCUCGUCAUCUCGCCCACGCGAGAGCUGGCGGUGCAGACCUUUGAGGUGCUGCGGAAGAUCGGGCGAUACCACACCUUCUCGGCCGGUCUGAUCAUCGGAGGCAAGAGUUUGCGCGAGGAGGCCGAGCGCCUGGGGCGGAUGAACAUCCUUAUAUGUACGCCCGGAAGGAUGCUGCAACAUCUCGAUCAGACUGCUGGCUUCAGCGUCGAUUCACUACAGGUCCUAGUGCUGGACGAAGCCGAUCGUAUCAUGGAUAUGGGUUUUCAGACUGCCGUCGAUGCCCUUUUGGAGCAUCUCCCCAAGUCGAGGCAGACAUUGCUGUUCAGUGCCACGCAGAGUCGCAAGGUGUCGGAUCUUGCUAGGCUGUCCCUGAAGGAUCCCGAGUACAUCGCCGUCCACGAAGCCGCCGCCUCUGCCACACCAACAACGCUCACCCAACACUACCUGGUUACGCCGUUACCCGAAAAGCUGGACACUCUGUAUUCAUUCAUCAAAUCAAAUCUCAAGAGCAAGAUCAUCGUUUUCAUGUCAUCAGGAAAGCAAGUUCGGUUCGUCUACGAGAGUUUCAGGCAUCUACAGCCUGGUAUUCCAUUGCUACAUCUCCACGGACGUCAAAAACAAGUUGCGCGGAUGGAGAUAACCAGAAGAUUCACGUCAGCACAGUUCUCCUGUCUCUUGGCAACGGAUGUCGUUGCCCGAGGUGUUGACUUCCCGAGUGUCGACUGGGUGGUGCAGAUGGACGCCCCAGAGGAUGCCGAUACCUACGUUCACAGAGUCGGUCGGACUGCUCGAUAUGAAAGAGACGGCAAGGCUGUACUGUUCCUUGACCCGAGCGAGGAGGAAGGCAUGCUCAAGCGACUGGAGCUGAAGAAGGUGCCAAUACAAAAGGUCAACGUGCGCGACAAGAAGAAGAAGCAGAUCACCCAGCAGAUUCAGGACAUGUGUUUUCAUAACCCUGAUCUGAAGUACCUCGGCCAGAAGGCCUUUAUCAGUUACACUCGCUCAGUUGGUCUGCAGAAGGACAAAGACGUCUUCGACAUUCGGGCGUUGGAUCUGGAGGGAUACUCGGUAAGUCUGGGUCUGCCCGAGAUGCCGCGCGUGAAGCAUCAAAAGGCAGAGGAUAUCAAGAAGAUCAAGAACAGAUCACGUGCCGAGCUUUCUAGUGGUUCUGAGUACGAUUCCGAUGGAGAGAAGAUUAAGAAACCCAAGAAGAAGGAUGAGGUCCGCACAAAAUACGACCGCAUGUUUGAGCGCCAGAACCAAGACGUCUUGUCGACACAUUACUCGAAUCUCCGCCCAGAGGCCGAAGAGGACGAUGACUUCUUCGGCGUUAAACGCGUUCUUGAGGGCGACGAGCUGGACAGGGAGGCCAACGGCGGCGCCGCGCCUGCUAGCAAGGUUGUGCCCGUCUACGGAGGCCAGGAGCUCAUCAUUGACUCGAAACGUCGGGAGAAGCUCAUCAAGUCCAAGAAGCAGAUGCUCAAGUACAAGGGCAAGGGCACCAAGCUCGUGUUCGACGACGACGGCGAGGCGCACCAGAUCUACGAGCUCCAGGACGAGGAUGACUUCCAGCAAGAGGGUUCGGCGGAGGCACUGCGACAGCGGUUCGUUGAGGAGGAGGCCGAGCGCGUCCGCGAGGCUGACGUUGACGACAAGCAGCUUGCUCGUGAGAAGAGGCAAGAGAAGAAAGCCAAGCGGAAGGAGAGGGAGCGCAUGGAGGAGGCGGGCGAAACGGAUGUCCCCGGACGCAAUGCGCCGGCACUCGGCACCUCCGAGGAUGCUGAGAACGCGCUGGACUUCCUACGGUCGCUGCCCGUUAGUGGUGGUGGUGAUGGCGAUAGCGAUGGCGGCGAAGAUGAGCCGCCCGCCAAGAAGGCCAAGAAGUGGUUCCAGGAUGACUCGGACGACGAGGCGGAGAAGAAGAAGAAACAGAAGGGCAGGGGUAAGGUCAUUGAGGUCACGGACGAGCCGAAUAACUUGGAAGAUCUCGAGGCCUUGGCCACGGGGCUGCUGGAUGAUUAG